AUGAAACCGAAAAUCCUGGUCAUUGGCUCACCACUGGCAGUCAUCUCACAGGCUGAAUGGGUUUUGUUUUCUUCUCGAUACGAGGUAAUUGAAUACGCUUUUGCGACUCAUGAUGAUUUCAUCAGCUCAAUGAAAAGUGGUGAAUGCUUUACCAUCGACGGUAUCAUGAGAGUCGGCAUCAACCUGCCAUCCGGAGCAGUAAAGAUUGGCCAAGGCUGGACGAGGAAGUUCCUGGAUUGUUUCCCGCCUUCACUGAGAGUCAUUGUCAACUUCGGACAUGGCUUUGAGCAGGAGGACAUCGAGGGUCUUGCUUCGAGAUCAAUUAAAUUCUACAACACCACUGGUGGCGCCGAGGCCACCGCGACGAUAGGAAUCUACUUGAUCAUCUCGGCGUUUCGCAAACUCAGUAUCUACGAACGAAUGGUUCGCAACAACGAGUUCCUUCCGGCUCUGAGGGAUUCGGCCCACAGCUCCCGAGAUCCAUGUGGUAAGAGUCUGGGGAUAGUGGGAAUGGGCGUCAUCGGACAAGUGGUGGCGAAGCAGGUCGCUGCGUUGAACAUGCAAAUCCAUUGUCUCAACAGGAAAAGCUCGAGAGAAACCUUGAACGACAGCAAAACCCAACUACCGCCGAUGACUCUACACGACACCCUUGAGUCGCUAUUGCAGGUGGUGGACUGUGUCAUCUUGACAUGCAGCUACUCGAAAUCCACUCAUCAUCUGCUCGGCAAUGAAGCCUUCUUCAAGAUGAAACCGGGUAUGGUAGUGGUCAACAUCGCCAGAGGCAAAUGUAUCGACGAGGAGGCGUUGUGCAGAGCAUUGGAGACCGGAGUUGUUUCUGCUGCGGGACUGGAUGUAUAUGAGAAUGAGUAA